AUGGUCGACUACGAGACGUCGGGUGAGAUGCGACGCGUCGACGCGGAUCUUGGAGGCCUUACUCUAAAUUGUACGGAUGGAGAGCCAUCUCACGUCGUCCGACUCACCUUCGUUUGCGACCGCGGCCGUCCGUGGCAGUGCGGGGCGGUCAGUGCACCUCGCAACACCAUUCCGGAGCCGGAUGGAGCUUGGGACAUGGAGAUGGAUGUUGGGGAAAGGAGAAUGGAGGGAAACGCAUACGUGGAUUCAACGACGGAAUUAAGUGGUCAUAAGGCGGCGCUAUCAACAAGAUUUCAAGGUUCCCAGACGCCCAGGCACAAGCGCAUGUGGUGGGUUUGA